GAAAGAGAGUGAGAGAGAGAGAGGACUAUGCUGCCAUUGGAGAGUGACACUUAUUUUUCUAGCUGCAUGCUUCAUGGGUGACUCCAUGUCCAACACAGCCAUAUGAAUAAAUGAUGCCAGCUUCCUAGUGAUAUAAAAAUUGUGAUCAGAGUGCUUUUCAUCAAAGAUAACAAGACCUUUCCAAAGUCAUGUUGUUUCAAAUGGCUCUGGUAUUAUUUGGCUAUAGCGAUAUGCACUUACUUUUCUUAGGUGCAACAAAUUUGUAGUUUCCCUUUCCAUUAUGGGAAAAAUAGAGGACACUUUCUACUAAUUCCAAAAACUUUGUCUACUCAUCCAAGCAUCACUAUUUCAAUAAACAUUAAAGCGGUUAGUCAUUGUAUAGAUUGCAGCAAUUUGAUAGUUUUCCAAGUCAAGGACUGUGGAUGUAAUAUUAAAGGCAAGUUAGGUUUGGGGGAAGGCAUCUUUCACAGGAUAUUCACACUUUGUGCUAGAAGGCUGUCAACAAAACUGACAGUAGACUAUGAAGCAGCUGUGACAGUCCUUUGUAGAGAUUUGAAACUGAGAGUCUAUGAUGUUCACCUAAAGCAACAUGAAAGACACAUUAUACAUUCUGCCUUUAUUUUGUAUUGAAGGUCUGAUAGCAAGAUGGAGAAAAAUGUCAUUGCAUUACAAUCCAAUAAAGAAUUAAAACAAUCAGAAAUUUCUGGGAUUAAUGAUCAAAGUUCAGCCAAGAGCGGUAUAUUUGGUAGAAUAAGCUGUCUAUGGUGAGUUGCCGAAACUUGGUAAAUGAAUAAAACUGGCCUGUGCAAGUAUUGCUAACAAGCCAAAAGCCAGAUCUGGUUUUAUAUGAUCCAAACUGCUUAUCCAUGGAUGUUGUUAAAUGUUGUGAAUGGUAGAUAUGAAAUUGGCUCAGGAAAUUCCAGUUGCUGGACUAUGUAAAACAACACGGAUAUAAAAUAUGUUUGCCUCAAUCAUGUGUCUCUAGUAGUCACAAUGAGUUAAGCCCUUGUGCCGGCAGGGCUGCUGGCCAAAGGGUCAGCGGUUCAAAUCCAGGGAGCAGGGUGAGCUCCCAUCUGUCAGCUCCAGCAGGGACAUGAGAGAAGCCUCCUACAUCCAGGCAUCCCCUGGGCAACUUCCUUGCUGACAACCAAUUCUCUCACACCAGAAGCAACGUGCAGUUUCUCAAGUUGCUCCAGACACGAAAAAAACCCACUAAAACACAGACAGUUAUCUGCAAAAGUGUGUGACUCCCCCAAGAUCACCCAAUGGGUUUCCACGGCAGAGUGGAGAAUUGAACUCUGGCCUCCAGAGCCAUAGUCCAACACUCAAACCACUAUACCACAUAAACUCUACUCCCUAUUUUUUCCUUUCUGUACCACAGUUCUGGAAUUCAAUUUACAACUAUGGCCCAUAUGAAUACAACAUAAUUCAACAUUUGUACACAGCUGAGCAAGAGAGAAAUUUAACUACAAACUAAGGUGUACGCAUAAAAGUUUGCAUUACAAUCAUGCAAUCAGGAAUAAUUUAAGAAUUAAUUAGAAAAGCGAACUUCAUUGUCUGCCUUUUUCUAGCUGUUUCUAAGGUACACAAUCAGAUCAUCAAGGAUUAUCAUAUGGAGAUUAACACUUUAUUCAUAAUCUUGGAAAUAUUUUACUUAACAAAGAUUUGGAGCAGGUUUUCUCUCUGUUGUUGCCAUAGUUUCAUCAUUAUUGCUGUCUGGGGUCUACAGUAGAUGUUGCAAUCAGAUUUAUUCAAAUCAGUGAUUACUAGACCUAACUGAAGCAACGUCACUACAGUUAGGCUAUAAAGCAAGUUAAACAUAUGAUCAUAGACAUGACCUUCAUUUGACAGCCAUCAUGUCCAGUCCACUAUAAAAAACAUGGAUCCAGAGUUUGUCUGAUUGUCCCAACCUAGAAGCAGCAAUGCAUCUGGUUGGGCGAAUGAAGCAAUGUUUGAUCUGGAAGAUCACUUCAGCAUCUACUGUGAUAAUGUAAGACUCUUCAGAGUGGUUAGAAUUUGAAGAACCAUUUAGAGAAUCAGAUUGGAAACAUGUCUCAAAAGACAAUUUAUAUAAAAGAAAAUCUGAAUGUGGAGAUCUUAUGUGUUCUCUGGCUGAUAGCUUCAGUGCUGUGUGUGUGUGUGCAUGCAAGGAUAGUUCCUAAUCCGUGUAGCAAGCAAAGUACAAUAGGCUUGAUCCAUGUAAUGAUGUAAAAUAAAUCUUCCAUAUGGUCUCUGACUUAGGUAAACCAGACAGGAGAGUUCCAUAUUUUUAAUGAAUGAAUUGCAAGUGAGCAUUGCCAAUUGUAGUGUUAGCUUUGCUGAUCUCUUCUCGGUAUAGUUUUUCUGUUUAUCAAACUAAGGAAUAAAAUCAUGCAUUACGCCUAUAUUUAACAUAGUUCUUAUAUAGAUAUAACAGUGUUACUGAUUUUUACAUACCAAUGAGUCAGUGAAGAACCUACAUUAAGCUUGAGUUUAAUUUUAUUUAUGUCUUAAAAGUGUUUUACUUAAAAGUCCAUUUUGUGUUCAUAUUUAGAGAAAAUAAUUACAUGGAUAAAAAAGUUACUGUGUAGCCAUUUCUUUAUUCUGUUGUCCCUAUGGCAGCACCUUUUCUGCUCCAGUUGUUACAUUUCUCACCAAGCUGAAAACAAUGUGCUGAAGAGUGCAGGAAGAGUAAGGCGAGAGGAGAGAAGAUAAGUUUCUUCUUUACUCUGACUUCCAAAGCUUAUGUCACUGUCGUCAUAAACACUGCCAUCUUUAAAAAAAUUGAGAAGAAAGGAGUCACCUUUACUCCAAACUCAUUUUUCCCCUUUCCACACUCACCUCGGAAAUUUUAAAGUACUAUAUUCAUAACUUGGAUUACCCAUUAUAUGUCCUUUUUAUGGCAAUCUUCACACAUAUGCAGACACAUCUAUAUGAGAUAAGAGUCCUCAAAUUGCACAAAGGUGUAUUCAUUGACCUGUAAACUGACAUUCUGUGUCCCCGGAGAAGGAACAUUUGCACAAAUUUCAACAAAUUGCACUGAGAGAGAGGGAAUGGUAAAAAAAAAAUACCUGUAUUGGUCUGCUAUUUUAUUCCUCUUCUCAUUAUGGCCUGCCUGCAAAUUUCAUGUAGAACAACACACAAUCUGUCUACUGUUUUUCCCCCAAUUAAAAUCCCACCAUCAUAGGCAAAGAUCUGGAUUUCUGAAUCCAAAUUCAGGUUUAGAUCUUAGUCAAAUUUGAUGGCCUCCAAACUGAUCAAAGACAUUUUCUCUGUUACCUCAAUUUGCUGAACCAAUUGAAAUUACUAAAAUUAAACUGAAGUGUGUGCUCAAUAUCUGUUGUAGAUGCACAGCCAAUUGAAAUAUCACUUGAUACUUGAAAACCAAGAAGCAAAGAUGUAUAUUUCAGAGAUGGGCAGAUUUCUCUGGCCUUUCAGAAUAAUACCAUGGCUAUUAGCACCUCAUUCAUUUCCUCUGCUGUGGUUCAUACAUGUAAAGUUUCCAUCAGAAUACUCCCCCUGAGCUUAACUUUUAUCAACAGUGAGCUUUCAUACUGGUCUGCCAGUACAUGGGCAUAUUUAAAUUAAUCAAAAUCAAUCCCUAUGUUUUAUUUCUCAAAUACUUUUGAAUUACACAUCUCUAAAGCUUCUGGUGGCGAAGUGUGUUAACGCACUGAGCUGCUGAACUUGCAGACUGAAAGGUCCCAGGUUCAAAUCCCGGGAGCGGAGUGAGCGCCCACUGUUAGCUCCAGCUUCUGCCAACCUAGCAGUUCGAAAACAUGCCAAUGUGAGUAGAUCAAUAGGUACAGCUCUGGUGGGAAGGUAACAGCGUUCCAUGCAGUCAUGCUGGCCACAUGACCUUGGAGGUGUCUACGGACAAUGCCGGCUCUUCAGCUUAGAAAUAGAGAUGAGCACCAACCCCCAGAGUCAGGCAUGACUGGACUUAACAUCAGGGGAAACCUUUACCUUUACCUUUAAAGCUUCCUUUAUAUGUGUGUCAAACUUUAGGUAACUAUGGCCCCUUCUACGCUGCCGUAUAUCUCAAGAUCUGAUCCCAGAUUAUCUGCUUUAAACUGAAUUAUAUGAGUCUCCACUGCCAGAUAAUCUGAGAUAAGAAGAUAAUCUGGGAACAGAUCCUGGGAUAUAGUGGCAAUGUGGAGGAGGUAUUGUUUCAGCAUCUUGGAGGGUAUGGCUCAUCCUCCUUUAGUGUUACAGGUACAUUUCAAUGUAUAGCCUGACUCUGUAACUUCCUAAUAGUAGUUACAUCCUGGGAAUGUUCAAGUGAGGACUGUUAUGAUCUUCUCCCAUGGUUCAUCUCAUCAUAGAUUAAUCAGCACCCAUUACCCAGCUCUGCAAAUCUGUGUCAUUCUAAGCAUAUGACAGGCGGACUUUCUUAGUACAGUUGCUCCUGAAUAAUUAGAAUAGUCCUAUAUUGUUACAGUAUUCUAGUGUCAGAUGAGCUAAGCUAAAGCCAGUUUUAGUUGGUUAGAUAUGUACAUCUUCUCUUGAUUUUUCCAAGUGUUAACCUUUGAUACUCAUUUUGUGCAGGAAGACACUCUAGGGAUCACCACUCAUUUUUAAAAUUCUUUGUUCAUAUUAAUAAUUGAUAGUGGCUUGGACUAGAUAUAGCCAAUGCGGGCUUUUGCCUAAAUUGUAGAAAGAAUCCUCCCUGCAGAUGAACACAUAUAAAAGGGAGACAAAAUAAACAGUCAAUGUCCUAGUAAUUGUUUUCAUUUCUCAGCCAGAACUGAGAUUGAGUCUUCCAGAUUCUUACAGAAAAUUGGGUCAGGUUUUGAAAACCUUUCUCAGAGAAUGAAACAUGGAAAUAUGCUGCUCCAACUUCUUAUUGCUUAAUUACUUUUCUUUCUGACAUUUCAGUGACCAUCAGCAUGCAACAAUCAUUGCAGAGAUAUGGGUUGGAAGACAAUAAAGGAAGAGCUUCACAUAACAAGGCUCCACAUAAUCAGUUGAAUUAGUUAUGCAUAAUUAAAGUGAUGAAAAUGUAUUAUUUGAAAUGAAAAUACUUUGCCCCAGAUUAGUUAUUUAAAACAGAUUGCUCUACAUUGAGCUUUCCAUAUUUGGUAAUAGUUAGUGCUUUAGGCUGUGGUACAACAUCACAGUGACUUUUUCUUGGAAUAAGUUCCACUGUACAUUAUGGAACAUUUUUGCCAUGCUUGUUAUAUCUCAAAAGGACCACUAUGCAUGUAUUUUAUUGCCACAAUUGAAAAGGAAGAAUAAAGGCUUCUUGGCCAGUGCAUGGCAUUCAUAUUAAAUUAAGUCAGGGCUACAUUAUGGAGUUACUGAAAGCAGGGCUUCUUCAGAUUUUUGUGACUUCUUUCCAUCUGAAAAACUUUUACAGCUUCAGGUUUAUCAGUGUAUAAAAGAGGUAUACAAAUAAAACAUCAAUCAUAAUAAACUAGCAUUUGCGAGGCUUGCUAAACAGACUGAUUUCACUUUUUGUGGAGUACAGCUGAAGCAUUUUCUGCAGAGUCCACUGUAAACAUUGCACAUUGUUGUUAACAAGUUUUGUGUAAAUGGAUGGCAUUCAGAAACCUUGCUAAUUUUUUCAUGAUCCUAACAUUGAGUUAAAGGUUGUGAGUCAGAACACACAGUUUUAAAAGCAGUGACCCAGGAGAGGGCAACAUGGCCUUGCUAGGCCUCAGGAAUAACUGGUAAUACAGGUCAGAAAGAGUCUGUGAAUUCAAAGAUAGUCUGAGAAUCCACUCUUUUGGUUAAUCAUGACCUAAUAUGAAAAUUCAAACUUUCCUUGUCAGAUGUUCUAGGCAGCAAGGAUGAGCCAUAUUUUUCCUCAUUCAAGAACCUUAUUUCUAUUCUUAAUUCAGUUGCUAGAAAGUUUCCAGGGAGAAUAAGAUGUAUGCAUCACUUGUCAUAUCCAGAUGGUAAGUUAGUAAAUAGUUUCACCAAAGUAACCACUGCCCCUAGGAUACCUCGAAGAAUGUAAUUUAAUUAAUCAUUUUCCACAGCCAGAUGGUUGUUAUUCCAGCCAACACACACGGCCUUUUGCACUGAUUAUAGUUGUUCUUUCUAUACCUACUUACCUUAUUCUGUUAAGAUUCAUUGACAGCCAAGUGGGGUUGAAUAUCAGAUUUAAAAAUGGACAUUGGAGAGCUCUGACAUUUUUAUUUCCAUUGUGAAUAUUAAUAUUUUAUUUAAUGCAGCUACCAUUUAUAUAUUUAUGUGAAUGUUUGCUACUCAAUUUUAAUUAGUUUAAGGGUUAGAAGUGAAACAAAUCCAUUUCCUAUUUUUACAUUUUGUGUUGUAAUAUUGAUAGAAAAAUCUAGUUAGUACUAGCCUCAUGCAUUUGUAUGGAAUCGCUAUUUCUAUUAGUCCCAUUUGUAUGGCCCCGUUUCUAUUUCUGUCAACUGCUUUCAAAAAUGGGUGCCUAUAUAAAUGAGCUUUUCCAUCCAAGGUCUGAAAAAAACAAAGAUUUUUGGACAUUGGGAGGCAAAGCGCCAGGGCCUGCACUUGUUGCUCAUAGACCCAGCAGGCAGGGCCUACAGCUGAACACUCGACACCUGACUGUAGGGCCUGUGAGCUAGGCCUAUGAGUGUUAAGCCAAAAAUCAACCAAACAAAUGGUCACCGUUCCCCUCUGUCUUUUGUUUCACUGCUCUUUCCGUUCCGGAGGGGGUUGUAUCAUUCAGUGCCAUCCGAAUGGACGGAACAGUACAGAAACACAAAAGAAACAGAUGAAAUGGUAUUUGAGGCCAACUCUAUGAACUUAUCUUGUCCAGCAUUGAUCUUGAAGCAACAGGAAUGUGGGAAUGUAUGGUCAACAACUCCUAUGGCAACAUCUCUAAGCAGGUGGAAAUAGUUGUACUAGAAACAGCUGCACCUUACUGUCCUGCUGAAAGAAUAAUUAACAAUAAAGGAGAUUUCAGAUGGCCUAAAACUCUGGCUGGUGUAACUGUUUACCACUCCUGUCUUCAGUACUCACUAAAUUCAGCUUCUCUUCUGAGUGGAUCAGAAGAAUCAAAAGCAUGGCGAAAGUGUAACCGCACAGGUCGGUGGGCUGAAGAAAGCUAUUCUGAAUGUCCUUAUUCACAAGAAGCAACUCAAGUCCUUCAUGCCUUUAGUCAGAUGCAUCUUAAUGUCACCAAUGCACUUGAAUUUUCCCAUCAACUUGCAACCUACACGAGGGAUGCUGCCAACUUUGCAGAUAAGCUAGACAUUAUCUAUUUGGCUUACAUGCUGGAAAAGUUAAUCACAUAUAUGGAUGAAAUCAAAGAUCUUGCUGAUGCUGUGAUUGAAAUUGCCAGCAAUAUAAUGCUGGUAAAUGACCAUGUAUUGUGGAUGGCACAAAAGGAAGAUAAAGCUUGCACUAAGAUUGUGCAGUGUGUGGAGAGCAUUGCAAAUCUAACUCUGACCAGCAAUACACAGGUCAUAUCAAAGGUUUCUCUUAAUAUUGCUCUGGAGGCCUUUAUGAUCAAGCCGUCUAACUUCAUGGGGAUGACUUGCACUGCCCUCCAGAAAAUAUCUGCAAAUUCCGACAGGUCACUGAGCCGUGACACAGAGAGCAGGGAAACAGACCAACAUUUGAAUUUUAAGUGUAAUGCUGGCAGUCACAGUGCCUCUUUGAAGAAUUUCUCUUCAAUGCUAGUGAGAGGAAGUUUCUCAGAAAAUUGCAUGUGUACCCCUCUGGAUCACAACCAAACUGUGGAUCGGAAGGUUGACAGAGCCUGGAAGCCAGGUUGCAAGCAAGGAGAAAAAGCAGCUGAUUACGAGAACGCUGUGGCAGUAGCUUCAGUUCAUUUGCCACGGUCUGUCUUCUCUUCGUCUGCACCGUUGCAAUCUGUUGAUAACUCCUCUUGCAAGCUACAGUUUAUUGCCUUUCGGAAUGGAAAACUCUUCCCAAGCACUGCAAACUCAUCUAACCCUGCAGAUUAUGGGAAGCCCAGGACCAUUGGCACUCCAGUUGUCUUCAUUAAAAUAGAUGGGUGCAGUAUUGGAAAACUGACUAGUCCUCUUACUAUAGCCUUGAAGCACUUUACACAGGGUAGAAACCCCAUUGCAGUCUUUUGGGAUUUUGACCUUCUAGAUGGACAUGGAGGCUGGUGGGGAGAAGGGUGCCACAUAAUUAGCACUGCAGAAAAUAUUACAACCCUUCAUAGUACUCACUUCGGUAACUUUGCAGUGCUAAUGGAUCAGAAAACUGUGUGGCCCCUCUCCCAGUACCCUGGGGAGUUCCUCCACCCUGUGGUCUAUGCAUGCACCGCUGUCAUGCUGUUGUGCCUCUUUGCUUCAAUUAUCACCUAUAUUGUGCAUCACAGCACAAUUCGAAUCAGCAGGAAGGGCUGGCACAUGCUUCUCAACUUCUGUUUCCACACGGCUCUCACGUUUGCUGUUUUUGCUGGUGGAAUAAAUCGUGUAAAAUAUCCAAUUAUCUGUCAAGCGGUUGGCAUUGUGCUCCAUUAUUCUACACUUGCUACAAUGCUGUGGAUUGGAGUCACUGCAAGGAAUAUUUAUAAGCAAGUUACAAAAAAGCCUCAAACCUCCCAAAAUAGUGACCAACCUUCUUAUCCAAAACAGCCAUUGCUCAGGUUUUAUCUGAUUAGUGGAGGCGUUCCGUUUAUUAUCUGUGGAAUUACAGCAGCAACCAACAUAAAUAAUUAUGGGAUAAAAAGCUACGCAGGAGCCCAGUUCUGCUGGAUGGCAUGGGAGCCAAGCCUUGGUGCGUUCUAUGGACCAGUUGCAUUUAUUAUCCUGGUCACCUGCAUUUAUUUCCUCUGCACAUAUGUACAGUUGAGGCGCCAUCCAGAACGCAAAUAUGAAUUGAAGGAAAGGACAGAAGAUCAGCAGAGACUGGCCAGCCCUGAGGUUGGCCAUAGUCACAUCACAGACACAGGAUCUGUCUCCCAGGCUACUUGCUCCAUGAUUUCUUCUUCCUUGCUGGAAAACGAGCACUCCUUUAAGGCUCAGCUUCGAGCUGCUGCAUUCACGUUGUUCUUGUUUACAGCCACUUGGACCUUUGGUGCCCUUGCUGUUUCCCAAGGACAUUUCUUGGAUAUGAUCUUCAGCUGUCUAUAUGGAGCAUUUUGUGUGACCUUGGGGCUUUUCAUCCUCAUCCAUCACUGUGCAAAGCGAGAUGAUGUGUGGCAUUGCUGGUGGUCUUGUUGCCCGUCUAAAAGAAACACAUACUCUGUGCAAGUUAACGUCCGGCCAAAGGUUAAUGUCAAUGGGGAGAGUCAAGUCCAUGCCCCAUGUCUUCAGGAAUCACCCUGUCCUGGUAAAUCUGCUGUUUUCAACCACCCAGCUGCUAGUCACUGCAAACUUACCAAUCUGCAAGCUGUUCAGAACCAUGUCAACUGUCUUUCGCCAGUCACGCCCUGCUGUGCGAAAAUGCACUGUGAUCAACUCCUGGAAGAUGAAGCUCACAUCCAUGUACACAAUGAGGGGACUUUCAGGCCCAACAUGCACAUUCACCGAUGCCUGAAAAGCAGAACUAAGCCACGGUACUUCAGCCGGCAUCGGUCUGCGGGGGAAAGAGAGUAUGCAUACCAUAUUCCUUCCAGCAUUGAUGGCAGUAUUCACAGCUCCCACACAGACAGUCCACACAGUACCCACGAUAGUCAGUCAGGCCACAGGCGGCCAUGCUGUGCAAAAAAUGAUCCAUAUCCUACCCUCAGCCAGCCUGAAAGCAGCGAUGCAAGUACUGUGAUCUACAGCUGUGCUAAAAUGCCAGAAAGUGAGACAAUAGUGCACCAUGCAGCUCAUUUUGAGAUGCAUCCGCGGACACAGUCCUUGCCAUUUAGUACAACCAGUCACAAUGGGAUUUUAAAGGGGAACCUGCAUGAAGCCAUGGUCUACAGCUCAGAUAGUACAGGGAAUAUCAAAACUGGCCCUUGGAAGAAUGAAACUACUGUGUAGUUGGUGUGCUGUGCUGUCCCUUUUGCAUCUAAGACCAUCUCAGACUGCAAGUCUAUAUACUCUUACCUGGGAGUAAGCUCAGAUUAAUCCAUUGGGGUUUACUUGUGAGUAGGCACACAUCGGAUUUCACAUUGUUGACCUUUGUUUUUCUUCUAAACUGAAUCGGAUUCUACAUGUUUGUGUAUACAUCAGUAAAUUGGGCAGGUUUUCAACCUAUUGCUUUCUUAAUUAGAGGCUUUAAAAAGCAUUGGCAGCCUCACAAUUAUUGCUAAAGAAAUGAUGGUGGUGGAAAUGUACAAGUCAACCUAGGGAGCAGAAUACGAGGCAAUAUGUUUUUGUUGCAACACAUUGCCCAUUUAUUAUUUUUUGAAAUUGCAUUAGCAUCUGACAGGAGACACAGAUCAGCAUCGCAACCUUCUUGGGUUAAUUUUUUUUUAAAUGUCACAAUAAAUUUGAUUUCUAAAAUUCUAGUAGGAAAAGGAGGAUUUCAUAAACAAACAAACACAGCUAUUUAGACCUACAAAAGUGAUACUGCCUUUAAUGAUCUUCUGUAGCCUGUGAAACCAUAUAGUGUACAGUUGCUGUUACAUCUCAUCUGUUGGAGAGAAAUACUAGGUAAUGUCCUUGUUAAACAUCUAUGGUGCUGUAUUGAUUGUAUUUCUUUCGGUUUUUUAUUAUUAUUCUAAUGAUUGCUUUUGUUUGCAUGACACCCAUCAGAAUGACACCACUUGCUGUUUUCUAGUGAUCCAUGUGUAAAAUGAUGAUGAUGAAGAAAACCCCCUAUUAUAACAGGCUGUGACUAUCCAUGUGGAUCUUAAUCUAGAGCAUUAUCAAUCUAGGAAAAGGAAGGGAAAAAGCACUACUGCACUAGUUUAAGUGGCACAAUCCUUUGUAUAAGGUUAUAUGAUAGCUUUAAUAAGGGUCCACUCUAAUGUCUCUACCGAGCAUGCACUAUUCAUUAUAUGUGGCACUGUGCAGUGUACUAGCAGCUGUCUUCACAAACUUCACUCCUCUCUAAGUAUGCCGCUUGGAAGCAGCCUGCAAGCUCUCCUACCACUGUCUUCUAAAACUAAAGUAGAGUUUUAUCAUUGUCUCUUGGAGGAUAACAGCCAACUUGCAAUCAUUUACUUAAGAAAUUAGUUAGGGCACUAUCGAACCCAAGUAAAAGAAUUGGAGGACCAAUAGAAUUUAAUGGGAAAUAAAUAAACUGUUGACUUGCUUAGGUCUUCCCUAUUGAAGAGCACUGGAAGUCAAAAGCAUCUCACUCUGGAUGGGUUGUUUGCUUACUUUGGUUCAGAGAAGGGGAAGACUGGUACAUUCAGUUUUCUUUCACAAUUUUUUUGUGUGUCAGGAGCAACUUAAGAAACUGCAAAUCGCUUCUGGUGUGAGAGAAUUGGCCAUCUGCAAGGACAUUGCUCAGGAGACACCCCGGAUGUUUUCCCAUCCUGUGGGAAGCUUCUCUCAUGUCCCUGCGUGGGAAGCUGGAGCUGACAGACAGGAGCUCACCCCACUCCCCGGAUUCGAACCGCUGACCUUUCAGUCAGCAGUCCUGCCGGCAUAAGGGUUUAACCCAAUCAAUUAUUAUUCACAAUAAUAAUACCAAAGUAGUCAAUUCAUAGUCUGCUGAGGAAAUGCAACACCACUUUAAGCCUGCAAUUCUGAAGUGAGUAAGACACAUGAUAGGAUUGCACUGUAGAGGGAUUUAAUUUUUUAAAAUAUAUAUAUUUAUGUUAUUUAUUUUAUUUAUUCUUCAUUUUCAGUUAAUGCCCCUUCUUUCCCAUGCCUUUCAGUCAUCUGCCAAAACAAAUGCAGGGUUGUCUUUGUAUUUCUAUGAAAAUUUGACCUUCAACAGUAGGAUUUUUUAUUGAUUUAUUCUGCUCAACUCUUGGCCACUUUAGGGUCGGCGACAUUCUCUAUUCACAAGGCUUUGGGCAAAGAGAGUUUUUAAAAAAUAGAUAUCCAUGAACAUCUGGACACAAAGCCCCAACUCACAGUAGAAAAUAGAAUUGUAAUUGCCCUUAUAUAUUUUUUAAAAAAAAUAAAGAGUCUGGCUAUAAAAUGGUGACAUAAUGCGAAUGGGACUAUACAGCUAAUAAAAAAGAAAACCACAAAAGUCAAUCAAUCAUUAUGGGAAGAAAAGUAUUUCAAGGAAUUGUUUAAAAGGAAAGAAGGAACAAGCACAACAUUAUAUGGCCAUUAAGAACAAAUGUAUAGACAUAUCACACAAGCUCUAUCAGAGACCUCAUACAUUGCUUACAAUUUAGGCCCAACUUUCCUAAUCUGGUGUCACCCAGAUGUGUCUGACUAGCUAGAACAGCUGUGCAUUACAGUCUGACAUAUCUGGAUAUUACUAGGUUAAGGCAAGGUUAGGCAGUUCCCUGGGAAAUGGGAUUUUAUUUGUCAAGGUCUAUAGGGUUCAAGUCACUGUGUUCCUUAAUCAGCAUGUUAUGAAUCCCUCCAUUUUAGGCUAUGUAAAAAUGUCCUUACAGUGUACAUAACAGAUUAUGAUUAUAAUUUUUAGAAUGUUAUUAAAAAAACAACCGAGUGUCAGAUGAAUGUGUUCUGCAGUGUUUGCAGGUGGGAAUUAGUACUCAAAAGGGUUAAUGCUCAGUAUCUGAGUGCAAGGAAUUUCCUCUUUUCUUUUCUGUAUUUUUAUAAAAUUCAUAUAAAUAUAUAUAUUGUAAAUUACAGAAAAUAAUGUAUCCAUUGUGUGUGUAUGUGUGAGCGUAUGCGUGUGUGAGCGUGUAUGUUUCUGUGUGUCUUUCAAAGGUGAACAAAGCAGAAUGCACUAAGUGGGUGUUGAAUUUUGAAUUCAUGAUUGCUUCUUUUAGAUGAUACAAAAGGAAAAAAAGAUAAUAUCCUGAGCUUUAUUGUGUAUAUGCUGUAUAUGCUUGGACUGUCUCAAAACUAAAAUAUAGUAUUUUACAUUGUGUGCAUAAUUAUUUUCUUUUUCAUCAUUCUUUUUCUUUCAUGUAUACAUUACUCAUUCCACAACAUCGGUGCAACUAUAUAGGCUUAGAUAUGUUAGAUGCCACAUCUCUGUGUCUCAGUAAUAUUUAUAAUACUCUGUAAUAGCUAAGUCCUAGAAGAUCUCUAGAAUUAUGCAAAAUAGUCCACACACACGCUGAGAUCCAAGUGAAAUUGUCACGGCUCAGGAACACAUUCAUUGAAGUUCUCCGGUUUGUGUUUCUAUUGCCGAUGUUGUCCUGUCUGACAAAAAACAACAAAGAACCAAUAUAAUUAAAUGGGUGCUGCUUUCCACAAAAGAGCUGCUGUCAUAAACCUCUCUUGAAAACUAACAUUCAGUAUUGAUACACCUUUCGUAUUGUGUCUGAAUAUGGAGUUAGCAAAUAUUUCCGGGCUAAUUUGAAAAACAAUGUUAUGCAAUAAUCUGUUUGCAAUUUUUUUAGAAAAUAAUAUACAGUAUAAUUGCAGAGUAGGAGAACAUGAUAUUAUACAUGAAAUAAAUUGAAAACAUUUUAUAACAUGAGAUGUGAUCCACAUUCCUUUUGUGCUUUUGACUCUUUGUUUUGUUUUGUUUUCCUUUUUUAGAUGGUAACAAAGUCAAUUUCAAUAUACUUUAUCUCUUGCUAUAUUGAUUUCUUAGUUCUUGGAAUUUCAGAUGGAAGUUCAGAAAAUGUCUGUGCCUUUCUUUAAGCAUUUGUCCUUAUUCCUAUUGAAGUGGAGAAUCAAAUUCCCAGAAACAUGAGGCUUCACAUAGCUAGGCUAAUAAUCCCUCUCAUUAGAACUUCAAAGUAAGACCACAUUUAUUCUUUGUAAACAUCAGUCCAACAAAAUUCUUAUUUCUUUGGCCAUGAAAAUUGUGGGCGGCUCUCUGUAUUGCAUAUAUAAUACUGUAUAAUGCUCCUGUAACAUACCAACACUUUGUUUUUAUUUUUGGUCUGAGUGAACUGCUGAACAACAUUGUUUUAAACUUCACAUGCAGUACAGAAUGAGACUAUUGUAUAUUGUUUAUGCAGUGCCAUCAGAGUACAUGACACUUUAUAUGAGUGGCUUGCAAUUUGACAGAUCUCUGCCCUCUAAUUUACAAUAUAAAAAGAUAUAGUACACAAAGAAAGGGGGAUGUCGGUGGUGAAAGUAUUAAGGGUGCAUCUACACUGUAGAAUGAAUACAGAGUGACAUUAUUUUAGCCACCAUAGCUCAAUGCUAUGGGAUCAUGGGAGUUAUAGCUUUACAUGGCGUUUAGCUUUCUCUGCAAAGAGUGCUGGUGCAGUCCCAUGAUUUCAUAGCAAUGAGUCAUGGCUGUAAAGUUGUGUCAAAAUGCAUUAACUCUCCACUGUAGAUCUCCCCUAAAUCCAGCAGAUGCUUGAUGCUGUUCUUUCAGAUCCAUAGCAUUUGGGAUGGAAGGCUGGCCAUUGUAACAAGGCAAAAUCAGUGAUGAUGGACAAUGCUAAUGCACACUGACAAGUUUCUCAGCAAGCAAACAAACCUAAGACCCAAGAGGAUAGGAGUCAGCUAAACAAACCACAGGCCUUCUGUUGUGGCUUGCUUGUUGUAUGUCUGAAGAAUCUGGUUUGUUUCUCCAAAGCCAAGGGGAUAAACAUUGUUUUUUUUAGAUAUAUACCCAAAGAAUAGCAGUUCCACCAUUUUUACUUCUUCCCACUUGGCAAUCAAAUGAUGCCAGAAAAUGUUUUCUCCACAGAAAGCUAGAACACUAGUAAAUCUUCUUACGGCAACUUAGAAAAGUUUUAAAAUGCAGGAUGAAUUAAUCAAAACCCUUGUGAGCUGCGAUAUAAGUAACUACACCAGAUUAUUACGAAAUCCAUGGUCUUAUAUUUCCUCCACCAAAGGAAAGGAUAGAGGCUUUCCCUAGCAAUCCUUGAGAAGGAAAUUGCAGAAAUAUUAGAUGAUUUCAAUGUGUUCUGGUGACCAACUGAAUAGAACCUUUCCAGUUGUCUGCUUUGAUUAUUUCCGUUGUUUGAGGUCACUUCCACACAGCUGUAUCCACUCAGAUAAUCCAGUUCAAAGUAGAGACUGUGAAUUAUUUGCCAGAAUUAUUCUGGGUUAUAUGGCUGUGUGGAAGGGCCCUCAGAUCCUAAGAUGCUAUCUCUGCAAAGCUUUUCAACAUUAUUUGAAUGACUGGAGGCAGAAACAGUUACUUUUGGUAAUGUUUUAAGGUUGGAGCUGACUUUAUAUCAUUCCUGUGGAAGGACCAUAAGCAAAAGAACCAAAAACUGAGAGCCCUUCCAGACAGGCCUUUUAUUCCAGGAUCUGAUUCCAGGUUUUCUGUUUAUCUCAGAUUAUCUGGCAGUGGGGACUCAUAUAAUCAAGUUUAAAGCAGAAAACCUGGGAUCAGAUCCUGGGAUAUAGGGCCUGUCUGCAGAGCCGGCCCUAGGUAUUUUUCAAGUGUAGGUGAACAGAAUUUCGCGCCCCCCCCCAAACCAGUCACUGAAAAAUAAAAGCGUUGGAUAAGCGAAAAUGUUGGAUAAUAUGGAGGGAUUAAGGAAAAGCCCAUUAAACAUCAAAUUACAUUAAGAUUUUACAAAUUAAGCACCAAAACAUCAUGUUUUACAACAAAUCAACAGAAAAAGCAGUCUCGACUGCGCCCCCGUAUGUUUUGCACCCAAAGUGACCGCUUAAUUCACCUCAUUGUUGGACCGGCUCUGCCUGUCUGGAAGGGCCCUGAGGUGCAUUCUGUGGAAACUGUUUAUUGGUACAGGCCAUUCCUGAGUUACAAACAUCCAACUUAAAAAUGACUUAUAGUUAGGAAUGGGGGUAGGAGAACAGGUAAUGUACCCUUAAGAAGGGAAAUUCACUCCUGAAAGAGUUAUUAUGGGGGAAAGUUAUCUCCCAUCAAAAGUGAGGGGAAAUUUUUUGAACAGGGACACAGUUAGCCAAAAAAAAAAGGCCACAGGGGUGUUAACCAAAGAUAUUUGUGUGUGUGUGUGUGUGUGUUUCUGUGUGUGUGGAAUUGCACUUAAAAAAUUUCCUGUCCCAACUUACAUACAAAGUAAACUUAAGAACAAACCUACAGAACUUAGGAGUUGUUCGUAACUUAGGGACUGUCUGUACAGGGCUUUGAUUAAGGUUUUCCUCAGUGGCCUACUUAGAACCAAUCUAAAAUUUCUGAACCAGGAAUUCCUAAAUAAUUUAACGGGCAAAUAGCAACCCUAAGUAUGUAGCGGGGGGGGGGGGGCUUGAGGGGCUUCAACCCCCCCUCCCCCGAAAUUCUCAGGGUGGUCUGCGAGUAGGCCUUACUCGUACUGUUAUGUUUAUUCAUAUCAUGAUCUGAUCACCAUGCUCAAUAUAUCCCAUAUGCAUGGGGGUAUUGGGAUAACGAUACAAAAGGUUUGCUAGGGUAGAUCCUCUGUCACUCAGAUUCAGCUCCCCCCCCCCCCCCGCCCCGAAUCAAAAUCCUGGCUACGGGUCUGCUAAGUAAUCUCCAGUUUUGAUCUUUUUCUUCAUUUCCCCAGCAAAUGGUUUAGAAGUGGGUAGUUCACAAACUCUUGAAAUUUGGUUCUUUGUAGCGACAGGAAGACCUUAUUCUAGACCUUUUCCUUUAAAAAUUGGACUUUUUGUCUGUCUUUUAGCAUCUUAAGAAAUUCCUUAAGAAAUAAGCACUAGAUCCCUACGGUUCCUUCUACCUUGUCACAUGGCCAACGGAAUCUCCCCACACUGUAGGGGGGCAUGGGGAACCCAGCGCCCUACACCCUGCAUCUCCUGGCUCCAAUUUUUGGUAAUCCCAUGGGGAGAGGGAGCGUGGAGCAUGCUGCUUCCCACCAUUGCUUCUAAUAGCAACACGGGAAGCUUCCUGUGUUGCCACAGUAGUGGCAUGUGCCAGCUCCACCCAAAUCAAUUACGGAGCCUCCCCCUAGCAUCGUUUGAUGGGAGCCAUCAUGCUCUGUGGUUGAAGUAGGAUGGAGCUGGUAUAUGCCUCCAAAAUCUGCCCUUUGUGAUGACAUCUGUAGUUAAAUAAGCACUAGAUUCCCCACUGUGGGUUUGGACAUGUUAGUUUGUCAUUUUGUCCACUUACAUUCCAGCAAGAUUUUAAUUAACAAAUACAAGAUGAGAUCCUACAUGGUGUUCCAUACUCUGUCCCAGUUUUAUAGGGACAGCCUGGAUUAAUCCUCUGCCAUCUAUUUUUUUAGCUACUUCGAAAAUGUCCUAAUUUCUCUGUCCUCCCACUUUCCACCUUUUCUUCAGCUUACCUCCAUUGCCUCAGACUGAGUUCAAAUUCAAAAGUAGUUUGUACUUAGAGAAGCAGGAGUGAGGUUGCUUGUCCAUAUUUGUCCCAGUUUCUGUCUGAAAUGUUAGAGGAUAUAGUGCUCUACAAUGUAGUUACUUGCCUUCUACCACCACUUCACGCAGCAACCUUUCUCCAGAAAAUUGCAGGAGAAUAAGAAACUAUGAAGACUCAUUGCUUUCCUCUUUCUCCACACCUUCUACUAUGGCAGCAGCCCCAUAAGAUUUGACUGUUGCCCAAGAGGGGCAUUUUAUGUAGAACACAAGAGGCUUUAAAGAACAGUCCAAGUCAAAAGGGGAUAUAUAUGUACAUAAAGCACACAUAUUCUAUACAUAAGAUUCUGGUCAUAGUCUUCUUUUCACAUGUUUAUAAACAGCAACAGUACUAUAAUGGAAUCUGUCACCUUGGUUAGGACUGCUCAAAUAUUAUACCUCCGUUCAUCAUCUACAACCAUAGUAUUUCCAUCAUUCUUACUUUCUACUUAUAUCCUCUUAUCCCUCCAUUCUUCUUCAAAGUGGUCGAGGCUGCAAGAAAAACUUUCCAUCACAGCACACUGUAAUCGUUACACUUUGAGCUAUAAUUUGAGCUUUGGUUGUUGCUGUGUUGAUAGAUAUCAUCUAAACUGGAGCAGUGACAAUAUCAAUGUUAGCACCAUAACAAUUCACAUUUUCCCUUUGACAUGAUUUGCUAUUCCUCUCCAUGCACACACUUUUGAGGUUCAUCCAUUCCUGUGAGCAAUUGUACAUUCUGAGUGUCAGAGGAUUAAAAAAAACAUUUUAACGCUCAGCUCCAUCAGCCACAGAGUCAUUCUUGCUUUGUUCAUUAAAAGAGACAGCUCCCAUAAGGAAAAACAGUCAACGGAAGCUAUGAAGCAGCUCCACAACAUAAUGGGAUUCAAGAAGUUUUGGAGCCCUUGGUGAUAUUCUGUCUCCAUUAAGCAACAACAUCCACAUGCUCACUGCUUGGGGAACAAGUAUGUAUAGGAGAGAGAGGAAAAUACAGCUUGAUUAUAGACCACCAUUUGGGAUUAUGGCGACAGAUAUAAAAUUUAUUUAUUUACAGUACUUCUAUUCCUCCCUUCUCACACCGAAGGAUCACAGUGGAGGAUCACAAUGUAAACAUACAUGGAAAACAUUCAAUGCCAUUACAUAUACAGACAGAAACAGAGACGAAGACACAGAGGCAAUUUAACAUUUUUUCCAGCUUCCAGGCUUCAUGAGGUAUGCUCGAUUCCGGCCACAGAGGGAGCUCCUGCUUCAUCAUCCACUGUGACACCGAGUCCUUGAUGGAUUGUUUCCUCAUUCUUUUCUGCAUGCUGCUGGAUGAUAUUUAUGGUGUUGGAAAUUAGUUAAAUUAGCCUCCCUGCAUAAGCAGUACCUAAAUUUUCCUACUUGAUAGAUGCAACUAUCUUUUGGGUUGUUUAGGUCAACAACAAGUUGAGAUAUUUUUUAAUGGUUGGGCGCUCACUCCAACGCAGGCUGGCUUUGAACUCAUGACCUCUUGGUCAGUAGUGAUUUAUUGGAGCUGGCUAAUAACCAGCUGUGCCUCAGCCCAGCCCAUAUAUAAAAUAACAUAUAUUUCUAAAAAAUUAAACAUCACUUCCAAAUUGAUGGCAAUGUAGUAAAUUUUGUUCCUGUUCGUUCCUUUUUAAAAACUGGGUCAAAAUAAGAUGAACCUGGAGAGCCGAUAUAAAAAGUUUCUAUUAGUACUAGGAGUUGACAGAAAAUAUCCUGGGAUAAAAAAAGUACAAAUUUCCAAAAUAAAAUCAGAAAGAACAUGAACAAAAUCUGUAAGUUCCUGGCUUUUAAAAUCCACCGGAAUGUGCCCGUUGUCUCAGUUGACUCUCAUUUGAUGCAGAAAUCAAGUAGAACGUCAGAAGAGAAUGCUUCUGGAACAUGGUCAUACAGCUCGGAAAACUCACAGCAUCCCAGUAAAGAAAAAGAUUGUAAUUCUCAAACUGAUUCCCUAUUUUUUUUCUAGCUAUGCUUACUGUUAUAUGUGUUUUAUCCAACUCAAGAGAAUGAAAACUGUAUCUGGGGUCAUUUUAUUUCCAAGCCACAAGCCACAAGAAUCAGUUGUUAUGACUUUUAAAGUCAGGCAGGGAUGCAAAGUGAAUUCUUAAUAACAUCUAAAGGCUUCAUUGCACAUUCUCCCCUACUGUCGCUACAAGACUGAUAUGUCUCUAAACUAAUUCUUAGAAGCAAACGUACCCAUUUUCAUCCAGACUGAAGAGAAAAAAUUCCUGUGAAUCAAUACACUGCACUAUGCCUAGAUCUGUCAAGUUGUGUAACAGGUUUUCCAUCCAAUAGAUGUUUCCAUCCAAUAGAUUGAUGGAGAGAACAAUAUCCUUUAAUGUAAUUUCAAUCCUCCAUUUUUACUUGCUGCUAAUUACUUGUAUUUCCACACUCUUUGUCGCAAGGGUUAGAGGUACUAAAUGCAAAAAGUUUUUACUCUGACAUCUUGGAAAAGUCAAACAAGGGAGACAGGGAAUGAGAAAAACGGGAUUAAUUGCACUGAUGGGGGUGUUAUUUCACAUCCCAAGGACUCUUUCUGCUUCUUUCUUGCACCCACACAAAAUUGGACAAUCUGGUCAUUCAUGAAGUCUAACCCUUUAGCUCACUACAAUAUGCAUAUUUAGGCUCUGCAUGAGUCAUGGAAACUAAUGCUCUUUUCUAUGACAAAGCAUGAACCCUGGCUUCAAAUCACAGUGCGAUUUAGAGAGACAGAGCCAAAUGAAACAAAAAGCCAAAAACAAAAACCAAGGCAAGCUUCAACAAAAGCUGUCUGUUCGUAAGCAAUCUUCGUCAUAGGGCCAGAUAUAAAAUAAUUAAAAUACAUUUAAGGCAAUUCGGCUUUACCAAUCAUCGUAACAAUUUGAGAUUUAUAUUUCCUGAUGCAAUGCUGUCCUCUGUUACCAAAAUGAGAGCAAUUUAUUUUCCUUAUGUGAGCAACAACCAACUGUGUCCCUUCAUUAUCAUUUUAGCAAUAAUGUUCUUUUCCUACUAUUAUGUUUGGCUUUCAGAUGAGAUGAAAUUCUGGCAUAUUCUACUGUAAUAUUAAACAUGUUCACCAAAUAUA